AUGGCCUACAACAACUCUGUCAUCACCUGCACCCCCCACGCCACCCCGGACCCCUUCGUCACCUACAAGAAUGACAAGUUCUACUUGACCUUCACCGCCGGCGACCGCAUCGAGGUGUGGUGCUCCGACAACGUCCUCAGCUUCCACAAUGCCUCCAAGCAUGUCAUCUGGAAGCCUCCGCCCGGCACCGAGUAUUCCGGUGGCAUCUGGGCCCCCGAAAUCCACGUCAUCGAUGGUCGCUGGUACGCCUAUGUAGCCUGCGAAAACCCCAAGGAGGGCAACAAGUCUCACCGCAUGUACGUUAUCGGCGGUCCGCCCGGCCAUGAGGACCCGUGCACCGGACACUGGGAGUUCCUUGGUCGCCUCCGGGGUGUCCCUGAGGACCAAUGGGCCAUUGACGGCACCGUCAUCCACCUCAAUGGCCAGAACUACUUCGUCUACAGCGGCUGGCCGCUUGGCGAGCACGACUCGGACAAGACGCAAGAACUGUUCAUUGUCCACCUGCGCAGCCCCACCGAAGCCGACGGCGGCCGCCCGCCGACCAAGAUCUCGCACCCCGACUUCCCGUGGGAGCGCAGCGGCCCGUCCGGCAUCAACGAGGGCCCGCAGUGGCUCGCCUCGCCCGACGGCUCCUGGGUCGGCAUCGCCUACAGCUGCGCCGGCUCCUGGACCAAGGAUUACAAGAUGAACACGAUCCGGUACGCGGGCGGCGACCCGCUCGACCCGCGCUCGUGGCACAAGAGCGACAAGCCGCUGAUCUCCACCCCGGACGGCGCAACCGGCCCCUACGGCCCCGGCCAUGGCAACUUCAUCCCCAUCGCCAACAACGAGAUCCUUGCCGUCUUCCACGCCACUGACAACCCGACCGACGGGUGGGGCAACCGCAAGGGCCGUUGCCAGCGCGUCAACUGGACCCACCACGGCCCGGACAUGGGCCACUGCGUCGGUCCGCUGUGCGGAAACGUCGACGACUUCAUGGCUGGCAAGCACGUCCAAGCUUCGGGCGGCGGUCAGGGCGGCAGCGGCGGCGGCAGCAUGGAAGACAAGGUUACCGGCUUCUUGCACAAGGCCAAGGACAAGGUCGAGCAGAAGCUGAGGGAAUUGUAA